GAAGCGAACGCGACCUAGAGAGCUGGGGAGAGGGAGACGACGACGAUGGUGAUGGAUCGAUCGAUGGCGCUACGAUUCCUCCUCCUCUGCGGCGUCCUCGCUCUCGUCCUCGGCGAUCGACUCGGUGCGAGGGAGUGCGAGGAUCUAGGGUUUACGGGCCUCGCCCUGUGCUCCGAUUGCAACGCCUUCGCCGAGUACGUCAAGGACGAAGAACUGGUAUCUGAUUGCCGCAAGUGCUGUUCAGAGGAUUCUGACGAUUCCAUCAGUAAGGUCACUUUCUCCGGUGCAAUUCUGGAAGUGUGCAUGAGAAAGCUGGUGUUCUAUCCAGAAGUUGCCUCAUUCAUCGAGGAAGAGAAAGAUGAUUUCCCUUAUCUGAAAAUCCAGUAUGCGUUUACUUCGCCGCCAAAACUCAUCAUGCUUGAUAGCAACAGCCAUCACACGGAAACUAUAAGAAUCGACAACUGGAAACGGGAACACAUUCGGCAAUUCCUGAGGGAGAAGGUCAAACCCGGUGCAGCGGAGAUCUAAAACUGAGCUUUACUUCUUUUUUCUUUUUUUUUCCCACUCAUUUAUCAUCUUAGAACUUUUGUACCUUUAUACUGAUUCUUCUGUACUAAAGUUGCAUUUGGUAGUUUGCAUGUUGUGAAUUUGGCAACUUACAAAUCCCUGCUUCAAAGAAAUGCUGGAACAAAUUGUUGUUGAUCAAGCACUCUAGGUUUGCUCCAAA